AUUAAACAUGCACGCCUUCUCAAGCAGCACUUUCACACUCUAAAGGUCGCCAGGCCUCUGAGAUCAGUGCCGCACAAGACAGCAUGAAGCCUGUGCAGGUGUAUCUUGUGUACGUCUUGCUAAGUGCGUGCGUGUGUGGAAUAUUGUCUGACACAGACGCGGAGCCAAUCCAAGAAGAUAAAGAUGUGCUGGUGCUGACCGAAAGCAACUUCAACCGAGCUCUUAAACAACAUAGUCAGUUACUGGUGCACUUCUAUGCUCCUCUCUCUGGAGAUUCUCUUGGUUCAAUCUUGGAAUUUGCAAAAGCAGCCAGUGAGCUGAAGGAAGCUGAGUCUGAUUUGAAACUGGGAGGAGUUGAUGUGGCCAAACAGAAGGACCUUGCCAAGACCUUAAACGUUACCGCCGUGCCAUCUUUAAGACUCUAUUUGUCUGGUGACAAGUACAACCCUGUUUACUGUCCAGUUCUGAAGAGCUCCACCUCCAUCAUAACAUGGCUUAAGAGGAGAACAGGCCCUAGCGCUGACCUCAUCAGUGAUCUCGACCAGUUAGAGACCUUUAUUGCAGAAGAUGAUCUGGUUGUUCUUGGAUUAUUUAAGGAUGUCGAGGAAGGGGUGGUAAAAGUAUUUUAUGAUGUGGCAGCUGAUGUUGCUGACCUGCCUUUUGGUGUAACACAAAGGAAGGAGAUCUUCAGCAAAUAUGACAUGACUGAUGACUCGGUUCUGCUUCUCAGAAAGUCAAAAAUAGCAGAAAAAAUUGAGAUGGCAAGCACAACAGUGAAAGAAGAUGUCAUUCAUUUCAUCAGAAUCCAUGAGAUGCCUCUAGUGACAGAAUAUAAUGGCAAGACAUCAUCCAAGAUCCUGAACUCUGUGGUGCAGAAUCACUUGGUUCUGUUUAUUGACAAGGCCGAGAAAGGAUUUAGACAAAUACAUCGUGCCUUCAAAAGCACCGCCAAAGAGUUCAGAGGAAAGGUUCUCUUUGUGCUGAUUGACACGGGGGAGCCCCGAAAUGGACGGAUCAUGGAGUACUUCCGUGUGAGGAAGGAAGAUGCACCUCUGGUGCGCAUGGUUAACUUGACAAACAACUUCCAAUAUCAGUUACCCUCAGAUCUCCUGGAUGUACAAACCUUUACUAACUUUUGUGAAAGUUAUCUACAAGGGAAUGCUAAGCCAAAGCUACAGAGUGAGCCAAUCCCUGAUGGUUGGGACAAGCAGCCAGUGAAGGAGCUGGUGGGAAUAAACUUUGAGAGGGUCGCUUUCAACCACAACAAGAAUGUCUUAAUCCUGUUCUACGCUCCAUGGAGCCCAGAGUGCCGAGCGCUCUUUCCUUUGUGGGAAGAGCUUGCAGAAUACUUCAGUGACAAUGAAGAAGUGGUUGUUGCUAGAAUCGAUAUAACUGCAAAUGAUGUAAACCUUCGAAUGGCAGACAGAUACCCAACCAUUAAAAUGUUUCCUGCAGUCUACGCCGAAAGGGUAGUGUCAUACUCUGGCGAAAGGAAGCUGAAACCAAUAGUUGAGUUUGUGAAUGCAGAAAGCGAGCGUGCCAAGGUGGACAAAGCUGAGGAAGAGGUAGAAAGGAAGAAAUAUCUGGACGCACAGAAAGCAGCAGCCAAAGAAGAAUUAUAGUGCUCACAUAGAUGGACACACAGACAGAAACCAAAUAUUUUCUAACUGCUUUCCAAGGAUGGCAUUUUAGUCUUUACUUAUGAGACUUUUCAGACUUACUUUUGUAAUUCAAGCAUAAGUAAUAAAAUGGGUGUAAAAACUA